AUGUCACUUGGUCUCGGGCAAUUGUUCUACGUUCUUUUAUGCUUCAUCAAUGCCGUCGCAGUUCUGAGUGAAGAUAGAUUCUUGGCCAAGAUCGGAUGGAAUGCACAGUCAGAUGCUGGCUUUGGAAGCGAUCAGACGCAAUCAAUAAAAUCCAAGAUGGUGAAUCUGAUAUCAGCUGUGCGGACGUUAAUGAGAAUUCCUCUCAUCGCCAUCAAUAUUAUAGUCAUUAUAUAUGAGAUAAUCUUGGGGUAG